GCACCGGCGAAUCUUGGUCCUGGAAGGUCUUGGGGUAGGGGUGGGGCUGGAGGACGGGCGCAGGCGCAGUGGUAGCAUCUCCCUGGACGAUCGCUAAGCACGUGGGUUGGGCUUGAUCUGCGUGGCUGGACAGAGAGUUGAACCUGGAUCUUGGAGUUUCCAGCGUGGGCAGCGGACUACUAAAGGCCAUGGCACCUGCGGAAAUUCUGAACGGGAAGGUGGUCUCCGCGCAAAUCAGGGAGACACUUAAGAACCAAGUCACUCGGAUGAAGGAGCAAGUACCAGGUUUUAUACCAGGCCUGGCAAUUUUACAGGUUGGUGACAGAGAUGAUUCCAAUCUUUAUAUAAAUGUGAAGCUGAAGGCUGCUGAAGAGAUUGGGAUCAAAGCUACUCAUAUAAAGUUACCAAAAACGGCUACAGAAUCUGAGGUAUUAAAUUAUAUUAUAUCUUUGAAUGAAGACCUCACUGUACAUGGGUUCAUAGUGCAGCUUCCUUUAGAUUCAGAGAACCCCAUUAACACUGAAGCAGUAAUCAAUGCUAUCGCACCUGAAAAGGAUGUGGAUGGACUGACUAGCAUCAGUGCUGGAAAACUUGCUAGAGGUGACCUAAAUGGCUGCUUUGUCCCUUGUACACCCAAAGGAUGCUUGGAACUCAUCAAAAAGACAGGGAUACAGAUUGCUGGAAGGCAUGCAGUGGUGGUCGGGCGCAGUAAAAUAGUUGGUGCCCCAAUGCAUGAUUUGCUUUUGUGGAAUCAUGCCACAGUAACCACCUGCCACUCUAAAACUGCCAACCUUGAUGAGGAGGUAAAUAAAGGUGAUAUCUUGGUGGUUGCAACUGGUCAGCCAGAAAUGGUGAAAGGGGACUGGAUCAAACCUGGUGCAAUAGUUAUCGACUGUGGAAUCAAUUACAUUCCAGAUGAUACAAAGCCAAAUGGGAAAAAAGUCGUGGGUGAUGUGGCCUACAAUGAGGCCAAAGAGAGGGCAAGCUUCAUCACUCCUGUUCCUGGAGGCGUUGGGCCCAUGACAGUGGCAAUGUUGAUGGAGAGCACAGUAGAGAGUGCAAAGCGAUUCCUGGAGAAAUUUCAGCCUGGAAAGUGGACUAUUCAGUAUAACCACCUUAAUCUCAAGACACCUGUUCCAAGUGAUAUUGACAUAUCACGAUCUUGCAAGCCAAAGCCCAUUGGUGACCUGGCUCGAGAAAUUGGCCUGCUUUCUGAAGAGGUUGAAUUGUAUGGUAAAACAAAAGCUAAAGUUCUACUGUCAGCGUUGGAACGCCUGAAACACCAGCCUGAUGGAAAAUACGUGGUAGUGACUGGAAUUACCCCAACACCACUAGGAGAAGGGAAAAGCACAACUACAAUUGGACUGGUGCAAGCCCUUGGCGCCCAUCUUCAGCAGAAUGUCUUUGCUUGUGUUCGACAACCUUCUCAGGGCCCCACCUUUGGAAUAAAAGGUGGUGCUGCAGGCGGUGGCUACUCGCAGGUCAUUCCUAUGGAAGAGUUUAAUCUCCACCUCACUGGUGAUAUUCACGCCAUUACUGCAGCUACUAACCUAGUUGCUGCAGCCAUCGAUGCCCGGAUUUUCCAUGAACUGACCCAGACUGACAAGGCUCUCUUUAAUCGUCUGGUACCUUCAGUAAAUGGCAUGCGAAAGUUCUCUGAUAUUCAAAUACGAAGGUUACGGAGACUGGGAAUUGAAAAGACUGACCCAACUACACUCACAGAUGAAGAAAUAAAUAGAUUUGCAAGACUGGACAUUGAUUCCAGCACCAUAACUUGGCAAAGAGUAUUGGAUACCAACGAUAGAUUUCUGAGGAAGAUCACAAUUGGACAGUCUCCAACAGAGAAAGGAUACUCACGGACGGCUCAGUUUGAUAUCUCUGUGGCCAGUGAAAUCAUGGCAGUCCUGGCCCUCACCACUUCUCUGGAAGACAUGAGAGAAAGACUAGGAAAAAUGGUGGUGGCAUCCAGCAAGAAAGGUGAACCCAUCAGUGCUGAAGAUCUAGGAGUGAGUGGCGCAUUGACGGUGCUUAUGAAAGAUGCGAUCAAACCCAAUCUUAUGCAGACAUUAGAGGGCACUCCAGUAUUUGUUCACGCUGGGCCGUUUGCCAACAUUGCACAUGGGAAUUCCUCUAUCAUUGCGGAUCGGAUUGCACUCAAGCUUGUUGGCCCUGAAGGGUUUGUAGUGACAGAAGCAGGAUUUGGAGCAGACAUUGGAAUGGAAAAGUUUUUUAACAUCAAAUGUCGGUAUUCUGGUCUCCGCCCUCAUGUGGUGGUGCUUGUUGCCACUGUCAGGGCUCUCAAAAUGCAUGGAGGUGGCCCCACGGUAACAGCUGGCCUGCCUCUUCCCAAGGAUUACAUAGAGGAGAACCUGGAGUUGGUUGAAAAGGGCUUUAGCAACCUGAAGAAACAAAUUGAAAAUGCCAGAAUGUUUGGAGUUCCAGUGGUAGUAGCUGUGAAUGCAUUCAAGACAGAUACAGAGACUGAGCUGGACCUUGUCAGCCGCCUUGCCAAAGAACAUGGGGCUUUUGAUGCUGUCAAGUGCACUCACUGGGCAGAAGGGGGCAAGGGUGCUUUGGCCCUGGCUCAGGCUGUCCAAAGAGCAGCUCUGGCACCCAGUAGCUUCCAGCUCCUAUAUGAUGUCAAGCUCCCAGUUGAAGAUAAAAUCAGAAUCAUUGCACAGAAGAUCUAUGGGGCAGAUGACAUUGAAUUGCUACCAGAAGCUCAGCACAAAGCUGAAGUCUACACAAAGCAGGGCUUUGGGAAUCUGCCCAUCUGCAUGGCCAAAACACACUUGUCCUUGUCUCAUAAUCCAGAACAAAAAGGUGCACCUACUGGCUUUGUCCUGCCCAUUCGAGACAUCCGUGCCAGUGUCGGGGCUGGCUUUCUGUACCCGUUGGUAGGAACAAUGAGCACAAUGCCUGGGCUCCCUACUCGUCCAUGUUUCUAUGAUAUUGACUUAGAUCCGGAAACUGAACAAGUGAAUGGACUGUUCUAAAUAAAUUGUACAUCUUCAGGAAGCUACUUUGAAAUUUUGACCGAUGUCUGUUUGGGCCUGCUGUCUAUUAGGAAGUGUGGGAAAAUCAAGCGAGGUCAACCUCUGCACUGAAGAGCUACUGAAAUAGUGGGAUAGGGGGGUCUCCAGAAGCCUUUUUUAGUCAUAAUUCUCAUAACCUUUUUAGUCAUAAUUCUCAUAACCUUUUUUAGUCAUAAUUCUCAUAAAUUAGAACAUAUCAUGCACGUAUAUUUACAGAAUUUCCAUAAAAUAAAAGGAACUAAUGUUUGCAAUCUCAGCGUUUAAGUAUAAAUUCUACUAUUAAGA